AUGGGCUCCGCAUCAGCUUUAGUCAGUUCGAGUCUCUUCAAAGAUCAGAAAGAUGUUAUGGGUAUUCUUGAUUUUCCAACGGAGAUAAUAGAUAUGAUCAUUGGUAAUCUUCCAAUAUCUACACUGCUAUCUCUGACUAGAGCAUCGCACGCAUUCGAGGAGAUUGCUAUGUUCCAUCUUGAAUCCCGUCUGCAUGGGACCUUGGCCCGCGAGAGUCAGGAUUCGUUUUUACACGUAUGCUUGUUGACUCCAAUGAACUACAACAGUGAUAAGCAAAGCAAUGCCUGGAAAUAUAGCGGCACAGCCUCUUUAAGUGGCACUCACUACACUCUCAACGCCAAUGCAGACCCCAAGCCUGAAUUGGCCAAAUUGGACAAUCACUUUUUAGUUUUCCAGCCUGCAGCAUCUAUGAUAGACUCACGAAACUAUCGAUGCAGGAGUCGGGGACAUAGAGAGAGCAAUUCAGAUUGCUGUCUUUCCAAUAAUUCAUGUUGCCGUGCUGGUAAAGGCAAUUCCGUCAUUGAAAGGGAAGAUAUCCAAGUCGAAUGGUUUGAGGACUUUGUUCAGUUUUGUUUCAAGAUCUGCUUAUCCAACAACGAUUGGAAUAUUCAUUAUGGUCACAACUUUGUGGACAAGAUGAUCCGUAUACCUCGAACAUGGCUUGAUAAAUGCAGUGAGAUGUGCAAGGCGGGCGAUGACCUCAACAAUAAUGAAUCAAUCCAAUCUUUGGUAUGGACGGACGAGGAAACUGGAAUUUGCUUACAGCUGGAAGUCACUUGGGAUCCCGAAGAUGAUCAAUGGCAAUUAAUCAACAGACCGUGGGAUGAUAGUGGAAGAAGAGACUCGGAGUGGGCUGCUGACGGCUUUUACCGAGUCGCUUUACAUCGUCUCUGGGUCCCUACUUCUCAGUUUCUCUUGAAGGAGGAAGAUGCGAUAAAGCUUCUUUCAGAAUGGAAGAAAAAAGUUAUGCACUUGAUGCCAAACAGGAUUAGAGAACGAGAGGUAGAGAUGGACGAGUCCCCUGCCGCAUGA